GAAAUUAGCCACCCUCCUCGUCGAACCUUUCGUCUCCCCGCCUGUUCGUUGCGCCCCCAAAAAUCCUUUUUCUCCGUCUUCUCCCAAAGACUUCCCUUCCACAGUCUCCGAUCGUUUUUGGCGGCAUGUCUUGGAAUGUCCCAAUAUGCUAAGGAUGAUACUGAAGUGUUGAGCGCUUUUGACGGUAGUCAUUUUUCCCUAAGUAGAGCG